GGAGAGAGGACUACACUAUGUAGUGUAUGAUACGGACUCUUGUCGUAUUCAAAUUAUUGCAUGUUCUUCGACGUCUGGACUCGAACUUGGGACCCUUCUUUCCGGAGAUGAAUUGCACGGGCGUUCCUGUACUAAUGUAGUGUACGAGGAAAGGGAGAAGGGUACCGUUACUUAGGUAUGUACCGCUACUUACCGUCUGACCAAAAGGUUGCCGCACGCACCGUCCGGCUCCGUCGUGGCUCUUUCAGGCUUCAGUUUUCACCUGACAAUGAUGACUCCCGCCAGUCCCUUGGUUGCCAGUUGUCCUCAGGUCGAGGACUACUCGAUCACUGCGACCUGUUAAUUCAAGACAUAUAAGGGAAAGGCCUUCUCGACGAUGGAACAAUCGGAGAGAAGUGCCUCCCCUGCUUUUCUCAAACACGCCCGGCCGGCCGACUUUGCACGGUGCAGGAACAUGGCGCGACGGGCCCUGAAAACUAAAGCCGAUGGGGAAACCAGGCACUUUCCAAGCAAGGAAGCACUCCCUCAAUGUACCGUAGGCGCUCCACUUGGGAGCCAGCGCCCGACCCGCCGCGGCCAGGGCAGUCCACUGGCUGGACCUGCGCUGUUCCGCCAUCCACCUUGCACUGCACCGGACAUCCACCAUCCACGCUGCUUCCCCUUAUGCAGGCCACACCAACCUGAAGUAAUCCCAAGGCGCGGCCCCUUGAACACACAUCGUCCUCCUCGACCAAAUCCAUCAUUGCUUCUCCCUUGUGAAGCCACCAAAGUUACUUGUACACCACAUCACUCCCAGUUCAUUCCUCUGUCAAACGGUCAACGACAACCCGGUUCCCUCGAGAUACCUAGAAGUGGUCCAGGCGACCCCCCCCCUUUCUCCCGCCAAUCUACCCAACUAAAGCGACCCAAGCCAUCAUCUCAUCCGACCGUCUCCUGUCGUCGUCGUCCCGGUCACAGACACCUUAGCGGCCAGCCCACUCUCCACUAUCAAACACCCGCUUUUCUUUCGUCCGACCUCCCGCGAGCGCAACCCACGCGACUCCAUAUAACGAUCGGUAUCUGAUCUCGAUUUCUGUUUGCCUUGGUCUUACGGACACCCGUUAGGCACACCGACGCACUGCCUGUUCCGUGUGUCGACGAGUCAAAAAAAGGGGGGCUGCGGCAAACCGAUUCGUGAUUCACACAAACCACAUCGCCGCCUAGUGUAUCCAUCUUUCGUUACCCUCGGUAAACCAUCGACCUCAUCAACCUUUGCAA